GGGGAGAAAAGGCACAGCGCUUAUGUGCUUAUGUGUGUUAUGUAGUUCAUGUCCGCAAGCGUCUCGUAGCAGUUGUAGCUAUGGCGUGUUUAAGUCCGAGUAGGCUCUGUGCUCGUGUUCAAGAUAAGUUAAUGUGUCAAUUUGGACAUAAAGUUCGAAGGCAAACUGUAUUUGUGAAACUCAAACCUCCAGGACCAACUCCAUUGCGGAUAUUUGGACGAACAUGUCAGCGUGUGACGACAUGCGGUCCAGCUUGCGGGUCAGCGGGCAUGGGCCCCGCGGCUGCCGGCGCGGUGCGGCGCUUAGCCUCAAGUUUGCAGAGCACCAGCACCGGCUCGCUCCCUGACUACGGUUCACAGAUCGUCGAUCCCUAUCGCCUGCUAGAAGACGAUCUCAACGGCAUCUAUGAGGACAUACGAUCGGAGCUGGAGAGGAACACAAACCAAGCGGAACUGAACACCAUAGCUACAUAUUACUUCGACGGACAGGGCAAGGCGCUCAGGCCGAUGGUCGCUAUACUAAUGGCGCGAGCUGUCAAUUACCACGUCUACGGCGAAAACAGUGCACUGCUGCCGUCACAGCGGCAAGUCGCGAUGAUCAGCGAGAUGAUCCACUCGGCGUCACUCAUCCAUGAUGACGUCAUCGACCAGAGCGAUUUCCGGCGCGGGAAGCCCUCAGUCAACGUGCUCUGGAACCAUAAGAAGGUGGCGAUGGCCGGCGACUUCAUCCUCGCCGUGGCGUCGAUGAUGAUAGCUCGCUUGCGCAGCGAUGAAGUCACGCUCGUACUUAGCCAGGUGGUGACGGACCUAGUGCAGGGCGAGUUCAUGCAGCUCGGCAGCAAGGAGACGGAGAACGAGCGGUUCGCGCACUACCUCACUAAGACAUACCGCAAGACAGCCUCGCUUAUUGCCAACUCUGUCAAAGCGGUGGCGCUGCUGAGCGGCGCGGACGAGGCGACGAGCGAGCUGGCAUUCCAGUACGGACGCAACCUCGGCCUGUCAUUCCAGCUGGUGGACGACCUGCUGGACUUCGUGUCCUCGGCGCAGGCGCGCAAGCACGGCGUGGAGGCGGCGCGCCUCGCCGCGGACCUCGCCGACUCGCCCUACCAGAAGGCGCUCGCCCUCACCACGGACCUCGUCCUCAACAGAAUCAAGUAGCCCUGCAUACCUAUAGAAAGGCAUCCAAAGUUACAGCGACCAUCGGAAGUCAACUUUACUGAACUCCCCGAUUCUCUAAAUACUCUUCGGGUUAUAUAAUUGAUAUCCACUUAUAUGCGCUCCUAAGAGUAUUUCGAAUAUCGCACCACCUUUAUCCGAAGUAAAGGUAUUGAGAAUUUUGGAUACCUUUUUUGUUGUAGUUGAAUAUGUUUGUAUGAGUGUGUGUGACAUUACGAUAUAUCUGACAUAAUUUACGACAAGUUAAAGGUGCCCAAGAAUUAUAAUCUAAACACAUAUGUAGUCUAGUGUAUUGAUAUAUUUAAAAAUUAAAAUAUUUAUAUGUAAAGAUAUAGUAUAUGGAAUUGAAAUUUUUUCUUUGUUCGCUUUUCGUAUCUUUUUGUGUGACCUGAUUUAUGUUAAGUUAUCGUUUGAAAGUAUUUGAAAGUGUCGGUUUAGUAUAAGCGUGUGACUCCUUGUUACCAAAUACUGCUGCGUGCUCGUACGUACCGAAGUACUUACGUACCAAUGUACCAACGUACCGAUGUAACAAUGUACUAAUGUACCAAUGUACCAACGUACCAAUGUACCAACGUACCAACGUACUAUUGUAACGACGAACCAAUUACCAACGUUCAGACGUACCAAUGUACAGACGUACCAAAAUACAGACGUUCCAUGUACCGACGUACCAACGUACCUGCACACAUCAAACGAGCUGCCUUAAUACUUCGAAUGUAUAUAGACGAUAAAUUGAUGUCCAUUCUAUCUCUCUAUAUUAUUUUGUGCAAUCUUUCCGCUUAGGUUUAGUUCUAGUGAAGUACCUGUACCGAAAAUUAACAAACAGUUGUGAACAUUACGAAUAAAUUCCAUUAAAAGUCCUGUCCCCUUUCAAAAAUAUUGUGCUCUGUAAAUACUGGAAGUGAUCGGACAAGUUACCCGAUGUAUCUUCAUGAACCAAUUACCUCAACUUCUAUAGUAUACAAUUAACACUAUUAUGUGUACUGUGUAUUGUUCUUUUGAUAGUAUUAAAUUCUUAGUUGUUAUUUUGAUACGAAUGUGCACAAUGAAUAUUCUAGAUGAAAUUGUCGAAGCCCUUAGUAACUAAUGGAUUAAAGAUUGUAGCGUUUAGUUUAAAAUUGUAAAUAAUGCAAUUUAUAUGUCCAGAGAGGCUGGACUUUGUUGUAAUGUUGGACAUUCUAUUGACAUUGAAAUGUUUGAAAUACAACUUGUGAGUUGUGGUUGAAAAGUUGUCAUAAAAUAUGCACAAACCGACAUAAUGACCAACACACGAGAGACGGUGUUAAGUAUUUUAUGUAUUAAUGAAAUUACAUUAUGUUUCAAUUUUAGUUUCGAAUAUUUUACGAGAAAAUGUUUUUUAAAAAAAUGUAGAGGCUCUAGUUGAUAGUUUGUUUUAACCCAUCGUAUAAUGUUUUUUUUUAGAUACAUAUUCUUACGGUGUCGGUUUAUUGUUUUGUGUUGUGUGUUUGUUUUUUUUUUUUUUUCAUUUUCUUGUUUUCGUUUUUUUUUUAAUUCUCAUGAAUCUUCCCGUAAGGCUCUGGCCAUUGUGUCGGAUUCUGCAAUAUAGCGUUGUGUUGAAUGUUUCAUGUACAUUAAAUGUUAAAAACAAUGGGA